GUGGCGGGGGCGCCCCGGGCGCGGCGGGGGCGGGACCGGACGGGCCAUGGCCUCCGCCCUCGGCCCGCGCGCUCCGCUACCGCUCGCGCGUCUCCGCGGGGCCCGCGCUCUGGCCAUGGCGCCGCCGCGCCGCUUCGCGCUGGAGCUGCCGGGCUGCGGCCUGGCCCACUUCGCCGUCGGCGGGGACGCCCCGGGCGCGCGCCUCGACCCCCGCGUGGCCGCGCUCCUGGGCCCGCCCGGCCGCAGCUACUCGCUGUGCGUGCCCGAGGCGCCGGGCGGCGGCUGCGCGGCCCGGGUGCGGGCGGCCCGGCUGCACCAGCGCCUGCUGCACCAGCUGCGCCGCGACCCCCUACGGCGGUGCCAGCUGCGCCGGCUGCUGUGCUACGGCCCCGGCGGCGGGGCGGGCGGCGUGCAGCGCGGCUUCCUGCUCCGCGACCCCGGCGACAGCCCCGACACCCGGCGCGCGCUCUUCUCGCUGCUCGGAGACGCCCCGGGGGGCCCGCGCCUGGGCGAGUUCGUGGGCGACGCGCGCCAGCAGGUGUGGCAGAGCCUGUGGGAGCUGCGGGACGGGGCGGAGUGGCGGCAGGUGGGCCCCCGCGAGCGCGUCCUGGCCGCCCCGGAGCCCGCCCUGCACCCGGUGGUGCCUGACCUGCCCAGCUCCGGGGUCUUCCCGCACCGGGAGGCCGCCCGCGCCGUUCUGGAGGCGUGUAUACCCUUCAUUCCUGAGGCCCAAGCAGUGCUCGACCUGGUUGACCAGUUGCCGGAACAAGUCCACAAAGGGAAGUUCCCGGUCAUUGCUGUUGAAGGACUGGAUGCCACAGGUAAAACCACUGUGACCCAGUCAGUUUCAGACACACUCGGGGCUGUCCUCUUAAAGUCGCCACCUGCUUGCAUCAGCCAGUGGAGGAAAAUCUUUGAUGAUGAGCCAACUAUCAUUAGGAGAGCUUUUUAUUCUUUGGGCAAUUAUAUUGUGGCUUCUGAAAUAGCCAAAGAAUCUACAAAAUCUCCUGUGAUUAUAGACAGGUACUGGCACAGCACGGCCACCUAUGCCAUCGCCACCGAGGUGACCGGGGGGCUCCAGUACCUGCCCCCGGCCCAUCACCCUAUAUACCAGUGGCCCAGGGACCUGCUCAGACCCGACCUGGUCCUGCUGCUCACAGUGAGCCCCAAGAAGAGGAUGCAGAGAAUUGAGGGCCGGGGCGUGGAGCGGACCAGAGAGGAAGCUGAACUGGAGGCCGACAGCAUGUUUCGUCAAAAGGUAGAAGUGUCCUAUCAGCGGAUGGAGAACCCCGCCUGCCAUGUGGUUGAUGCUAGUCCCUCGAGAGAGAAAGUCCUCCAGACGGUUUUAGGCAUAAUCCAAAAUAAUUUUAGCUAAUUGUAAUUACUCCAAAAUGUAAUUCUGCAUUUUGGCAGAUUUGAUGUUGUUUGAUACAUCUAGGCCCACGGCGGGGUACACGGUUUUCCCAGAUUUCUGUUGCAUAACCAUGGCGUGUGCUAGAAAGCCGAAGACCAGACCAUUUCGAUUUUACCUACACCGUUAUACUCCCUUCUGACCAAAGGACCCGUCAAGGUUGAGACCGUCAACGUUCCAGCCAGAGAUCAGUGAUUGCUUUCUUCAAGUGUAACAAACGUUUUCCUGGAACGCGUUUUCAGCUACGUUCCUACCAAAUCCCUCCAAGUUUUGUCUUAUCCAGAAAGCAUGAGGUAUACAGAAAUAACCAGGAAGAUCUUCCAAAUCGGCGGAAGCCCCUCCGGCCCCUCCCAUACCUCCUCUUGGGUCACUGAUGAGACCCUGAUGUGACAUAGUUACCUCCUUCCCAAUAUGGCCUCACUCCAUCAUUGGGGGGCUCAGCCCUGAUCCUAGAGCUAAAUGCUCCUGAAGAAAGGGUCCACGUGUCCUGGCUGUCUGAGGACAACGCCCACAGGGUCACCUUGUGGGUAGGCGACACUUACAAAGAAGACAUCUGAUUCGUGUCUCACAACCCCUGAGAUGAUCCCCUUGUGGUCAGAGUCAAAUAUAGAGACUGCCAACCCAGAUGCUCUCAAUACAAAUAUACCAACCCACUUUGGAUUAUGUUCUGUUUAUUUAUGUCCCUUUCCUUUCCUCUGAAAACACGGCUUUGGAUAUAAUGAGUGUUUUGGACUAAACUAGAUGCAUUAAAACUUAGCCAAUGCAGCAAUAUAUUUAUGUUGAUAUUUACAUCAUGUUUCUCCUCGGUGGAGGGGCUAUGCUUUACUAAUUAAAAUCAAAGCCAAGAAGCUAAAGGCAGUGCUUGUUGUGUAUUUUCAUUACACAGAUUUAAUUUAUCUUGCUAAAUAAGCACAGUGGAUCCUGGAAUGGGGUUUCUUAGUAAAUUAUCUUGCACUUGAAUGUCUUAUGAUUACAUAUGAAAUCAGCUUUGAGAUCUGUUUGCUUAGGAAAAAGAAAUGGCUGAGGAAAGAGGAAAUUUAAUAGCUAUGUGGCCUUGGGUGAGUCGCUGAACAUCAAUAGCCCAUGUAACUUGAUCUGAAAAGUGAUAAUCAUCCUUUAUUUGUAUUAAGGAGUUGGCUGAACCAGGUGAUUACCUAAAAUCCCUUCUGGUUCUAAGAUAGAUGAAGCUUGCAGCUUGUUUUGGGGGGAAUGUCUUCUUGCCAAGACAUUUAAGUCUUAGACAAGGCCUUAUCUGGUUAUGUGGGGACUUGAAUUAUAAUAAAUUUCAUAUUAAUAACUGUAUCAUACUGUCUUUCAAAAGAAUUCCAGGUAAUUUUUAUAUAAUAUAUUUGCAUAUAUAACUAUGUAAUGGGUUUCUGUUGAAAAUAUUUUUUAAAGCUAAUAAAGAGCAUUAGGUUCCUGUAAGAUGUGAUAUCUGUGUCCUUGGUAUUAUUUAGUCUGAACAUUUUGAAAAGCUUGUGUUGGCAGUCUAGAAAAACAAACAUUUCAUGCCUGCCUUCUGUACCUCGCAAAUGAAUAAAGUUGUUGGGAUUGUCCAGUUUA